GCUCAUUUUGGCCAGAGGCGGGACUUCAGGCAGAAGUGCUGCACCUGUUGCGAUGCUGACUUCCUGUUUGUCAGUCUGUCUCCUGUCACCUGAACGUGGAACAUCUGGAAGCACCUGGAGUUAAUGGAUAAAUUAAAGAAGGUGCUGAGCAGGCAGGAUGAUGACGGGAACCCGGAGGAACCCGGAGUCCUGGAGAGAGCCAAUGAGGCGUCGACGUUUGCCUGUGGGACGAGGGUGAAGGGUUUCCUGGUCUGCUUCGUCGCUGGAGCGUUCUUCUCUGUUCUGGCUACCUUCAUGCUGUGGAUCCCGGGCUUCGGCCUCGCUGUGUUCGUGAUCUUCUACACGGUGGGAAACAUCUGCGUUCUGGCCAGCACCAUGUUCUUGAUCGGGCCGUGGCGGCAGCUGAGGAGCAUGUGCGCUAAAGAGAGAGCGCUCGCCACCACCCUGGUGCUGGUUUGUCUGGUGCUGACGCUCUGCUCUGCGUACUGGUGGACGAAUUUCACCCUCGCUCUUAUUUUCUGUCUCCUCCAAGUUGUGGCUUUCAGCUGGUACGGCCUCUCAUACAUCCCCUUCGCCAGAGACGCCAUCUUAAAGUUCUUUUCAAUCUGCUGCAGCUAAACAUCAGAGUCUGUCCGACCAAUCAGGAGGCAGGAUCUUAGUCAGGUGUCAGGUUUCCAUGGAGACCAGCUCUGUGCCUGUUAGUGUUGUUUGUUUGUUUACGUCCCCCACACAUCGGUGUUUUCUGACCGUGGUGUCACUCAGUGUUCGUCUCAUUUCAAGAGGAUGACAUGAAACUGAUCUGGAGUCUGAUGCUGGUUCUUUACACCAGAUUUAUAUUUGAAUCAUUGAAUUCUGCUUCACAUGUUGAGGUGUUAUUUAUAAUCAGCUGGUGUAAUAACAGGUGUACUAGUGUGUAUUAAUACGUGUAAUAACAGGUUUGUGAUGUCAUUCAUUUAUUAGUGAGUUAAACAUGUUGAAGACAAAAUAUUUCUAUUUUUCUUUUUGUUUUAAACAUCCAAAAUAUUUCAGCAGAAACUUUUUCACA